UCAAAAGAAGGGGAGGCUAGGGCCAGAUCAAACUGCCCAGGCAGGGCUGAAGAGCACUCGAGGAGGUGGACAGAUGGCCUGUUGGUUCAUGGAAGGGCUCAUUAAUGAAAACUCCCAAACCUGACCACCUGGGGAAAAGGCUUGUGGCUCCCAUGCGCAGCUGAUAAGGGCCAGGAGAUUCCACAGUUCAGGUAGUUCCCCCGCCUCCCUGGCUUUUGUGGUCACCAUUAAUCAUUUCCUCUAACUGUGUAUAUAAGGGCUCUUUUGCAAGUGAGCCCAGUACUCAGAGAGAAAGGCUAAAGUCCUUAGGAGGAUGUGGCUGCAGAACCUGCUUCUCCUCGGCACUGUGGUUUGCAGCAUCUGUGCACCCACUGACCUGCUCAGCCCUGUCACCCAGUCCUGGAAACACGUGGAUGCCACCAUCAAUGAAGCCCUGAGCCUCCUGAACCACACUAGUGACCCGGCUGCUGUGAUGAAUGAAACAGUAGAAGUUGUCUAUGACCAGUUUGAGCCCCAGGAGCCCACAUGCCUGCAGACCCGCCUGGCGCUGUUCAUGAAGGGCCUGAGAGGCAACCUCACCAGGCUCGAGGGCUCCUUGACCUUGAUGGCCAACUUCUACAAGCAGCACUGCCCCCCGACCCCGGAAACUUCCUGUAUGACCCAGAUUAUAACCUUCAAAAGUUUCAAAGAGAACCUCAAGAGGUUUCUGUUUGCUGUCCCUUUUGACUGCUGGAAACCGGUGCAGGAAUGAGGCAGCUCGGGUGGCUGGGCCAGCCCUUGGAGCUCAGUGCCCAGGCUGCGACUGUCUCACCGGGACAGAGGCGGAAACCCAGGACCUUCCCUGGAAGGGACCAAGAGGUGGCCACAGCCACAACGCAGGGAGCACGGACCUGCCAUGGGCCACCUGGACCCUGAUGUGGCUGUGGAAGAGGAUAUUUUAUACUGUCAGAAUCUGGAGUAUUUAUUUAUAUAUUUAUAUUUCUAAAAUAUUUAUUUAUUUAUUUAUUUAAGUUUAUAGUCUGUAUUUAUUCCAGAUGUAUGCCAUAAUAAAUUAUUCAAAGUCUGAUUUUA